GGGAGGGUUUGCUGUUUUUAGAAAAAAAAAAGUGUUCUUUAUGCAUUUUUGCUAAUUCAAUUAUAUGUGUUUAAUAUGCUUUUGUGCCAAGUGUAACUAACUAAAAAAGUGCUCAACGAUGACGAAAUCGCUUUGGAGCUGCGGCUUGUUGUUUUUGUUGCUGCUGCUGCUGUUUGGCACGCCCACAAUAUCCUCACGCGUGCUGGAGCUAAGCGAUCGCUUCAUAGACGUGCGACAUGAGGGCCAAUGGCUGGUUAUGUUCUAUGCCAACUGGUGUGGCUAUUGCAAGAAGACGGAGCCCAUAUUUGCGCUAGUGGCGCAAGCGUUGCAUGCCACCAAUGUGCGUGUGGGUCGUCUCGACUGCAAUCGCUAUGCUGCUGCAGCACGUGAGUUCAAGGUACGUGGCUACCCGACCAUUAUGUUCAUCAAAGGCAACAUGGAGUAUGUCUACACGGGCGACCGCACCAAGGAUGAGCUAGUGGACUAUGCGCUGCGCAUGUCUGGGCCACCAGUGCAGUUGGUCACACGCACCGAGAGCGUGGAUAUGCUCAAGGGCUCGCAUACCAUAUUCUUUAUGUUUGUGGGUCCGCAGCAGGGCGUCGUCUGGGAUACGUACUAUGCUGCCGCAGAGGGUUAUCAGGAGCAUGGAUUCUUCUAUGCCACCAGCGAUGAUAUAGCAGCGCAGCAUUUUGAUUUCGAAAAGCUACCAGCAGUUAUUGUUUACAAGGAGGAGCAGCAUCACUUCUAUCCGCAUGGACACAUAGCACACGAAAUGGAUCCCAAUGAUGUGAAUGAAACCAUAUUCCAGUGGGUGAAUGUGGAGCGCUUUACGCUGUUUCCCAAGGUCACCCGCUUCAAUAUACAUCAGCUGAUGAAGACCAAAAAGUUCUUGGUGCUGGCUGUAGUGCAGGAGGAUAAGCUGAGUCAGAUAGCUACGCAUGAGCUGGAAUUUCGCGAUAUGGUAGAGGGCGUCAUACGCAAGCAUAGACCAAGAUACCAUGACCAGUUUCAAUUUGGUUGGAUUGGUGAACCAUCCAUAGCACAUUCCAUUAUACUGGACCAAUUACCAACACCGCAUCUCAUAGCGCUCAACUCGACCACACAGCAUCAUUAUAUACCCGACGAUGAUCCGCUGCAGCUGACACCGCAGGCUUUGCACUUAUUCCUAGAGUCCAUCAGCACCGAGAGCGCGCCAGCCUACGGUGGCGACAAUUACUUUGUGCGUUGCAAGCGCGCGCUCUUCGAACUCAAGCGCUCGCUGCGCGACAUGUGGCUCGGCAAUCCUGUGCUGACCACCGUCAUCUUUGGCCUGCCCUUGGGCUUUCUGUCGCUCAUCAUGUAUUCCAUAUUCUGUGGCGAUUGCCUGGUUAGCGAGGAGGAGCAGGAUGAGGAUCAUGAGAAGAAAGAGUAGAGCGCGCUAUAUCAACUCUUGUGUUGUUGUUUGUUGCCAACACAGCCAAAUCUAGUCUUAUUUUUUAAUAACAAUGCGCUUUUAUAUAAUGUAGUGUACUUUAAACUAAUUCCGUUGUAAAUCUCUUACAUUGUCAGAGCUCUCGUAUAGCUUUGUAGCUUCGUAUGUGUGUUUCCUUUUUAAUUUAAUAAACAUAGUGUAUAAUCACCAUGGAGA